CAGUCGCUACUGCCAACGUUCAGCAGGUGUCACUGCCUACAAAGAUGAUAACACAAAAUAAUAAAAGCUGACAGUAAUCUUUUACGGUUAUAAAUGCAAACUUUGAUAAUAAGCCCGCGUUUAACACCGUAGCUGGGAAGUUGAAAAAAUACAACACGCCUACUUGUGUGUAUUUACCUACAGAAGAGAGAGGGAGACAGGCAACUGUGCACAUAUUCAACUGAUACCCACACGCGUGAGAAGACACACACGCAUAAAGCGUGUUAUGGGCCAGUGGUACAGUUGGCUGAUAGUUGAUAUUGCGACGGUUAUUAAUUGCAAUGGAUACGUAUAAUUAUUAUGAUGGUAAUGAAACGUUAUUACCGUAAAUUUUUGCAUCGCUGUCGUUGCGGUCAAUUUUUUGCGUCGUGGAUAAAGUGCAUAUAUAUGUAUAAUAUAUAACCCGCAGUAGUAAUUAUUGAACUGAAACGCAUGACUCGGUUAUACGAUUGUGAUAAUUGAAUUACAAUAAGAAAAUACCAUAAUUACUACGCAAUCGAAGGAGAAUUUUUCAAACAUGAAGAACAAAUCGUCCGAAAGAAGCAAUAAUGACGUUUCCGAACUGCCAGGUGUGGUUGCGGCGAUGCUCGACGUUCUGGACGACAAAUGUGAAAAUGUCAGAGAAUCUGUAUUCGAGUCGAUUCAAAACAUAACCAAACUGAACCCGGUCGUCGUUGUACACGCCUCUUUGUACUAUUUGGAACUUCAUCCCAAGAUUUCUGCCUCUCAUUCGGCUCUGAUACUGAGGGCGAUGGAAGAAACCUGCAAGGAUCAAUGCGCCUGCCUUGACGAAGACCUGGCAGUAUCAGUGGCUAAAACUGCGUCUGAGGCAUUGACCGGUGAGGGAAGCAAAGAGGCUUCUGACCUUCUCGUCGCGCUGGCAAAAAGCCAUUGCGCCAACACCAUGGGUCUGGUUUUACAAAGAUUAGAGCCAGGCACGACAGCUGACCCAAAAGUAAUUCGAGCACUAGGAAUGCUUGCGGCUAGCAACGCGUUCGGUGUUGUGCCCUUCUUGAAAGUAGCUAUGAGUGUGAUCGUCCCAAUGUUGGGUGGGACUCGAGAGGAUGCCCUGAAACAGGCAUUUUGCUACACUAUAGGAAAAUUUUCCGAGGCAAUAAACGAGUAUUUGGUGAACAUAGAAGAGGCGCCGGACUCAAACAUCGGCAAAGAUCUAUUUGAUACCGAGAUGCUGCUCGCCUAUGACACUUUGGCCCACACGUGGCUGCCGGCUAGCCGAGAUCACGUAACGACGCAGGCAAUUGUAACCGCAAUUGGUCCGAUAUCGACUCUCCUGCCUCCGGAUCCGCAGGGUCGACGACUAGCCAAAUUGUUGCCAACACUUUUGAACAUGUGCAAGAGAUCGAACCUCCGAUUAGCUGCAACGAGAGUACUGGCAACCUUAUUGAAUUCCGCGAACGAGGAGAACAAAAUGGUCAUAUAUCCGAUGAUAGAACACAUCCACGGAACUCUUUCGGACAUGGUUUGCAUCACGCCUUUCGAAGCCUCCAGAGAGGCAGUUUUGACUCAUUACGAAGUACUCAGAUGCUCCAACGCUCUUGUUUCGCUUUACGCUGGAGAGGGACUCGAUAGAUUCUUACAGCAGCUCAAAUCUCCCAGCGCUGUUCAGAGAUCCAAAGCACUAGUCGUCCUUAGACACUUGAUAAACACGCUUCCAAACGAGGACGAUUCAGCCCUCCAGCGAAUAGCUUUAAGCUUACAGGAGUCUCUGCAUGAGGGAAACGCGCGUCAAUUGGUCGGAGCUAUCGCAGCAAUCGCUGCAAGAUCAAUGAAGCUUUUGACGCCUGAUCAGCGAGCUUGUUUCGUCCGAUUCAUGGUAAUGCAGUGCAGUUCUAAAACCGAUGAAGGACAAUCCUGCGAAGAGGCUCUCAAUUUGCUUGCCACAACAGUCGAUGGCGCCGAAAGCUGGCUGUGGUCUCUUUUGCUGAAUUCUUUGGUCGAUCCUCUUUCUUCUGCAUCGUCUGUAAUUCCAGUAACGCGUGCAUUGACGUCAAUGGCUGUAAAAAUAAUCCAAGACGAGCAGUACGAGGGAUUAAGAAAUGAUUUUCAUGCUUCCCUUGUGUUUGGAAAGAGCCUGGAAUUAUUGGGUGAUCAUCAAAAUCACGUUGCCGUGCUGUCAUUUUUAAGGUCCACAGCUCCGCUGAUCGGGUCCCGUUUGGAAAAACUUUGGGAUCCCAAAUUGACGAAAAUAAUAAACAAACUACAGAACGAUCCGGCAGCGAAUAAACUAGAUCAUUCUUAUGGCGCGGAUCCCUGGGAAGAAGAGAUCGUCGAAUUAUUAGAAGAGAGCGUACUGCUUGAGGACGAAUCGUGGAGCAAAGAACUAUCGGACGAUUUGGUAUCACGAGUGGCGAACAAGCCAGGAGUCGCUCCGUUCCUGGCCUCCGUGACGCAAGACGUUUCGCACACGCAGCUUUUGAUCGACUUGGCGAGAACUCGUCCCGACGACAAUUGCUACGCAAGAGGUGUCGGAAUCUGUGCAAAACACGAAUUGGAGACUGUCCUAAAGCUGAUGGAAGAAUCCUGCGUCAUCGAGGAUUCGAGAAAAGUUCCGGUCAAGCUUCUAGGACUCAUGAAGGACCUCAAAGCUGCCGCGACCGUCGAGGCUGCCAAGGCUGGACUCCUUAGAACCUAUGCUGAGAUCGCCAGGAGAGGCAAUGCCAAGGAUCUGUUUUCGCCGCUCGACGAUAAUAUCCUACCUUGGAUUAUUCGACAGUUGCACGAGGCAAAGGAAAUAUCAACCAAGCUCGCUGGACUUCUCGCUCUUGAACAGGUCGGAGGGGCUGCUAAUCCCAUGAGAUUACCAGAGAGCACUGGGUUCCGCAUGAGAGGACCAGCAUUGGCUUCUGUCCUAGCUUUACUUCAGACAUCGUCUGGACACAGACCACUUCAGCUAUAUUCGGCGAUACUCAAGGCAGUCAUCUCGCUGAUAAGGAUACCACCACUUCUAAGUCCAGAAGAAAGAGAAGUCCUGCUCAGCACGCUGAUUCACAAAGUUGUCCCUGCGAGUACCGAAAUCAAUUCAUUGUUGCUACCGGAUGAAAUGCAAGUAUUAAAUAGCUUGGGAGUCGUUUGCAGCGAAGUGGUUGCAGAUUCUUCGGACGCACUGGCAGAACUGAGCCAUUCUCUUUUACCUUGGAUGCAAACCGGCCUGUAUUACGAGAGGAAAGCUGCACUUCUCACCCUUCGCUGCACCCUCAGAUCGUAUCACGAUUUACUCAAGUACACAUAUCCGGGUGGCAGACUGGAGCCGGGAAAAUUACUGGGAAGAAUUUUAUCGCGAAGCACAGAUCCAGAGCCGGUUUUCAGGUCGCUGGUAGUCGACUGCGUUGCUCUAAUCCUGAGUAUAAGUGCCAAGCAUAGAUCGACGCUACCUGACAACAACAUAGAUCACGAUCUCAGCGAAAUAAAAAGAGUGAUAAUAAACGAGGAUCUGAACACGCUUUACGAAGGCGUUAAAACUUUGGCCGCAGCUGCUAGCGAAAGGGUUGCUGGCGGCGAGGCCGUCGCUUUGGCAGAGGGGUUAAUUCUCGAUCUGAAUAGUCGAGGGGAUGGCGGUUUGGCUUCUGCCAUUUCCCUAGCUCAACAUUUUAAGGUCAGAGGCACCGACCUGGCGCAUGCUGCUGUUCAUCUAACUUCUGAAGUCCUGACGCAGCUUAGACACAUUGAAAAUGCGAGCUGUAAAAAAGGGGCCAUCAAUGCAAUUAAGACACUCGCGACUCAUCAUCCACACGAAGUUGUCGAGGCUCUUCUAAGGCAACCUUUGCCUUUAAGCAAAGACGCCGAGACCUGCUGGAAGGAGUUUGCAACAAGCAACGAAAUCGGAAUACAGGUUCUGGACUUGCUUCUCCAGCAACUGACGAGCAACAAGAUGUUAGAAGAAAACGGAGUCAGUGCAAUAUGUCAAGAGAAGGCUCACGUCGCCUCGUUUUCUUCAUUAGCAGCGGUAGUAGCCCUCGGUCAUUUUUUCCAAGCAACAAACUCAGAUUUGCUCAUUGAGAAGCGACUGUCCGAGCUGAUUUUCGCUCUCCUGGCCAGCAUGGCUGCUUGGCUUUAUGCCAACGCUCCAAUCGCGUCUCCAAACUGCAAGUUCGGAUUUGUCCCGAACAAAGAAGCCUACAAAAUAAAUCCUCAUCACGAAGCGUAUACUGCACUUACCCAGGUCCUAAACGUCGUUAAUCCGAAUGUCGCUGGUGGGAUACUAAAUGGAUCUGUGUUCGAGUCCGACUGCAAAGCGGAGGAAAAUCUCAUAUCCACGGUCUGUUCGGUGGUUAGAUGCAUAACCAGCAAAGAUACGAUAGUCACUCUGGCUAGAUCGCUGUGCCAGCUGGCCACGAGCACAAUUCCAGCGCAGAGAGCAGUCUCAGCUGCUUUCUAUUCGGAACUUGUUGGCAGGCCUGGUUGUGGUGAUGUUUGGCUCGAGGCGAUACUGAACACUCUUCACGAAGCCACAGCAGACUCGUCUCCGCUCGUCAGAAGACUUGCCAUCAUCGGACUGACCCGAGUGUCAUACCUUGAUUCUGAUCGGAUCGAGGAACACAUAGGAAGUUCAAUAGACACUUUAUUGGAGCAGCUCGAGGUGCCGGCCGGAAGUGAGGGCGGAAAUGGAGUCGCUUUGGAAUCGCUUCGUGGCUUGGCAGUGCUUUUGUCGAUAAAAGGUCAGCGGCUGCCGAAUCCACGAGUCAUUCUUUCCCUGAAGCCUUUCAUCGAAAAAGAAAAUUGGGAGAUGAGAUUGGCCGCCAUUAAUGCUCUCGGCGCCAUCGCUCACACCUGGAAAUCUCUGUCCAGUAACGCCGACGAAGUUAUGUCUGAUCAUCUUCUUGGCUGCUUACCGUGCCUCAUCGUCAGACUGGAAGAUCCAAAUCUGGCGGUUGCUAAGGCUGUAAGAGAAACGCUGUACGAUUCGGCGAAUUUCCUGCAAUCCGAAUCGCUGGCAUUUAUUAUUCAUACGCAUCUGAGAGCAGAGAAUAAAUUGGAUAUCGAGAAAUUCGUCUGCGCUUUGAUACAGUGCAUGAUUCGAGAAAUUCCUCAACGUGUGACUGAACUCAGAAGCUCAGUCAGUAGAGGAUAUUCUAGAUCUGAGAAUCCGAACGUCAGAUCAACGUCGGCUCUCAUUCUUGGCUUUCUGAAACCUCCAGAACCGGAUGAUGUUCAGCGACUUUUGCAGCUUCUGAGGGACACCGAGAGUAUCGUUAGAUCCCGAGCAGCUAAGGCGCUCUCGAUGUCUUUCACCCUUUAAUUCGUAAGAUUCGCAGCAUUCACACAAUAACGCAGCAUUCACACAAUAACGCAGCAUUCAAUAAUAAUCUCCCAACGGCUUUAAACUUUACUAUAACUAAUUUUAAAAUCUAAUAACGGUGAAUUAUGUAAACUCUAUCUCGGGAUAUCCAGGGUGAUAAUUCUUCAUGCUGAUUGUUUAAAUAAAAUCGUAAUAUUUUAUUGAAAAGUUAUGAUUUUUGAUCAGAAUAUAAGCAUGCGAAAGUUUACAAAAAUAUCUUGUCUUAAACGUGGAAUUUUUUCUUUGACGAUUUUCAUUAUUAAUCAAUAAUGAAGAAAUAAACCAUGGCAAAUCCGGGUGAAGAUCGAAUUACGGUUGAAAAUAUGAAAAUUAUAAUUCGAUGAUGAAAGUUUGAGGUUUUUUGCACCUUAGUUAAUAAAAAAUUGAGUCCUUUGUACUCGCUAAUUGGAGCUCAAAUCUCUCGUUUCGGAUAAAGACUGGAAUAAAAAUUGCCAAUUUCAAGGAUAAAAUAAACAGAAUGAAAAAAGGUGAAAAUGAAACAGACUUUAUGGAAAAUUUUCUAAUUUUUCACAAUUAGAAUCUUUUAUUUCUGCUGCAAAAUCGAAUGAAAACCAAAAAUCUAGAGGGGUGCAAAAUCAAAAGAAAACCAAAAAAUGAAGGAACAACGAAUUUACUUAUUUAAUUUUACAGGCACCUGAGAUUUAAUUUACGCAUUGUAUUUAUUGAAUUUGUAUAUUAGAUUUUACCCCAGUGGUGAUUAUGUUAUAUAAAUACCGCCUAUUGUAGCGUUAUUAUUUAGUUAAACGUAUUAAAUAAAUAAAAAGUGAUAUAUGCUUUGUUGAAAUUU